AUGGCAUCCCCCUCCCAAGCCCCUCCCUCCCCCACAGCCACCAAGCCCGGCUCUCCGCACACGGUGCGCGUCGCCGCCGUGCAAGCCGAAUGCUGCUACUUCGACCUCCCCGCGGCCGUCCAAAAGACAUGCGACCUGAUCAUCGAGGCAGCCAACAAGGGAUGUGAUUUGAUUGCGUUCCCGGAGGUUUGGAUCCCUCAGUACCCCGGUUGGAUCUGGCAACGCCCCAUCGACUUCGAAAUGGUGACCGAGUACAUGAAGCACAGCCUGCGCCGCGACUCCCCGGAGAUGCGCAGCAUCCAGGACUGCGCCGCGGCGCACCACAUCGCCGUGUGCCUGGGGUACUCGGAGAACGACAACGACUCGCUGUACCUGUCGCAGACGCUGAUCGGCCGCGACGGGGCCAUCCGCAUGCACCGCCGGAAGGUCAAGCCCACGCACGUCGAGCGCACCAUCUACGGCGAGGGCAGCGGCGGGUCGCUGAUGAAUGUCGUCGAGGAGGCUGGCGUGGGUCGCAUCGGGGCGUUGUCGUGCUGGGAGCACUCGCAGCCCUUGCUGCGGUACCACACCUACUCGCAGGGCGAGCAGAUCCAUGUCGCGGCGUGGCCGCCCAUGAAUCACUAUGCUUCGUUUCCGGCGGGGAGUGCGUUGUGGUCGCAGUGUCGUGAAGGCGCCCACAACCUCUCCACCACCCACGCCAUCGAAGGCAACUGCUUCGUGGUCCUGGCCUCCUCGUUCUAUACCCAAGCCGGCAUCGCGCGGAUGAAGCUCGGUGACGGCAAGUUGUACCACAUCGGCGGCGGCGGCUGCGCCUGCAUCAUCGGUCCCGAUGGGCGCAAGCUGACGAAGGAUCUGGGCGAGGAGGAAGAAGGGCUCGUCAUCGCAGACAUAGAUCUCGACGAAAUCAAGAAGGUCAAGGCCAUGUUGGAUGUCCACGGACAUUACAGUCGGCCGGACCUGCUGUGGUUGGGGGUCGACAACCGGGAAAAGAAGCAGGUUCGGGCUGAAGUUGAGCUGCAGGGGACGUAUGUUUGA